AUGGUCUCCUUCUGGAGUUUCCUUCUGUCCUACCCUGAAGUUUUCCUAGCCAUUGCUUGCUUCUUCUGCCUCUCCCUCUUCCGCCUUGUCCGACACUGCCACAAGAGUGACCUCCCGGUGAACUGGCCUGUUAUUGGGAUGCUUCCCUUCCUUGUGAGAAAUCUGUACCAAAUUCAUGACAGUGUCACCGAUAUGCUCCGCGAGGCGGGAUGCACCUUCAGGAUCAUUGGCCCGUGGUUCCUCAACAUGAGCUUCCUGGCGACCUGCGACCCAGCCACUGUCAACCACUGCUUCAACACCAACUUCAACAACUACCCAAAAGGCAGUGAGUUCGCCGAGAUGUUUGACAUCCUAGGUGAUGGGCUCCUUGUGGCGGACUCUGCGUCCUGGGAGUACCAGCGCCGUGUGGCGAUGCAAGUCUUUGCUAGCCGUGCCUUCCGGUCCUUCUCCAUGUCCACCAUCACGAGGAAGGCCGGCACAGUCUUGUUACCCUUCCUUGACCACAUGGCUAAGCAUGGCUCACAGGUUGAGCUGGAGGGUAUCUUCAUGAGGUUCUCACUUGAUGUCUCGUACUCCACUGUGUUUGCAACUGACCUUGACUGCUUGUCUGUGUCUCACCCGAUCCCUGCGUUUGGCCAAGCCACAAAGGAAGUGGAGGAGGGAAUGCUGUUCAGGCAUGUCGUUCCACCAAGUUUGUGGAAGCUCUUGAGAAUGCUCAAAGUCGGCAGCGAGAAGAAGAUGGCGGAUGCAAGGGUGGUGAUCGACAAAUUCAUCUAUGAGGAAAUUGCGAAGUGGAAGGCACAAGCAAACAAGGAAUGCCAGGGAGACGUGCUGUCCAUGUACAUGAACUGGCCCAUGGAUCCCAGCAUGAGUGAGCAGCAGAAGACCCUGUUCCUGCGCGACACAGUGGUGGGGUUCAUCUUUGCUGGGAAGGACCUCAUUGCCGUUACACUCACGUGGUUCUUCUACAUGAUGUGCAAGCACCCGCAUGUUGAGGCGAAGAUCCUCGAGGAGAUCAAGGCCCUGCAGAGCACUACAUGGCCAGGGAACCUCUCUGUCUUCGAGUGUGACAAUCUCCGGCCUGCUACUUACCUGCAAGCUGCACUCCUCGAGACACUCAGGCUCUUCCCGGCGACCCCAUUCGAGGAGAAGGAGGCCCUCAACGACGAUGUCCUCCCAGAUGGUACCAUGGUGAGCAAGGGCACAAGGAUCGUGUUCUCGCUCUACGCCAUGGGGAGGAUCAAAGGGAUAUGGGGCAAGGAUUGCAUGGAAUUCAGACCAGAGCGGUGGAUCUCGAAGAGCGGGCGCCUUCGACACGAGCCAAGCUACAAGUUCCUGUCCUUCAAUUCCGGGCCCAGGAGCUGCCUUGGGAAGGACCUUGGUCUCAGCAACAUGAAGAUGGCAGCUGCUUCCAUCAUAUACAACUUCAAGGUCGAGCUGGUGGAAGGCCAUGCCGUGAUGCCCGAGAGCGCUGUGAUACUGCACACACGGAACGGGAUGAUGGUUAGGCUCAAGAGAAGGGAGCUGACAGCUGCUUGA